UGCUCCUGCACCGGGCUCCAUCUCCCAGCAGAAGGCGCAGCCAUGAAUCCGUUAUUCGGCCCCAACCUCUUCCUCCUACAGCAGGAGCAGCAGGGCCUGGCCGGGCCGCUGGGGGACCCCCUGGGAGGCGACCACUUCGCCGGGGGAGGGGACGUGCCCCCGGCGCCGCUCGCCCCGGCCGGCCCGGCCCCCUACUCGCCGCCCGGGCCGGGCCCGGCGCCCCCCGCCGCCAUGGCGCUCCGCAACGACCUGGGCUCCAACAUCAACGUGCUCAAGACGCUGAACCUCCGGUUUCGCUGCUUCCUGGCCAAGGUGCACGAGCUGGAGCGCCGCAACCGGCUGCUGGAGAAGCAGCUGCAGCAGGCGCUGGAGGAGGGUAAGCAGGGCCGGCGGGGCCUGGCUCGCCGCGACCAGGCCGUCCAGACCGGCUUCGUCAGCCCCAUCCGGCCCCUGGGGCUGCCUCUGGGCGCCCGGCCGGCUGCCGUCUGCUCCCCGUCGGCGCGGGUGCUGGGCUCGCCCGCGCGCUCGCCGGCCGGCCCCCUCGCGCCCUCCGCCGCCGGCCACUCGUCGCCCUCCACUUCCACCUCCACCGCCUACUCCUCGUCGGCCCGCUUCAUGCCCGGCACCAUCUGGUCCUUCUCUCACGCCCGCCGGCUCGGGCCGGGACUGGAGCCCACCUUGGUGCAAGGGCCUGGCUUGUCGUGGGUGCACCCCGACGGGGUGGGCGUCCAGAUCGACACCAUCACCCCUGAGAUCCGCGCGCUCUACAACGUGUUGGCCAAAGUGAAGCGCGAGCGGGACGAGUACAAGCGGAGGUGGGAAGAAGAGUACACUGUGCGGAUACAGCUGCAGGAGCGAGUGAACGAGCUCCAAGAGGAAGCCCAAGAGGCUGAUGCCUGCCAAGAGGAGCUGGCGAUGAAGGUGGAGCAACUGAAAGCUGAGCUGGUGGUCUUCAAGGGGCUCAUGAGCAACAACCUGUCAGAGCUGGACACAAAGAUCCAGGAGAAGGCCAUGAAAGUCGAUAUGGAUAUCUGCCGCCGCAUCGACAUCACCGCCAAGCUGUGUGACGUGGCGCAGCAGCGCAACUGCGAGGACAUGAUCAAGAUGUUCCAGAAGAAGCUGUCUCUGCACUUGUCUCCCAUUAAGGUCCCAUCCAUGGGGGGGCGGAAGCGGGAGCGCAAGGCUGCCAUCGAGGAGGACACCUCCCUGUCGGAGAGUGACGGGCCCCGCCAGCCCGAUGGGGAUGAGGAGGAGAGCACAGCCCUCAGCAUCAACGAGGAGAUGCAGCGCAUGCUCAACCAGCUGAGGGAGUAUGAUUUUGAGGACGACUGUGACAGCCUGACUUGGGAGGAGACUGAGGAGACCCUGCUGCUGUGGGAGGAUUUCUCAGGCUAUGCCAUGGCAGCUGCAGAGGCCCAGGGAGAGCAGCAGGAAGACAGUUUGGAGAAGGUGAUUAAAGAUACCGAGUCCCUCUUCAAAACCCGGGAGAAAGAGUAUCAGGAAACCAUUGACCAGAUAGAGCUGGAGCUGGCCACGGCCAAGAAUGACAUGAACCGGCACCUGCACGAGUACAUGGAGAUGUGCAGCAUGAAGCGAGGCCUGGACGUGCAGAUGGAGACUUGCCGCCGGCUCAUCACCCAGUCUGGAGACCGAAAGUCUCCUGCUUUCACUGCGGUCCCGCUUAGCGACCCGCCGCCGCCACCGCCAAGCGAGACUGAUGACUCCGAUCGCGAUGUCUCAUCUGAUAGCUCCAUGAGAUAGGGGCCUGCCUCCGGCUUGGCUCCCCUGGGGCCCCACCCUGCUGGGAACUCACCGAAGCAGAGGGUUCGGAGGUUCACAGAAGGGGAACUGCAUUUGUUUCGCUGCACCAAGCCUGGCCCUGGGGACUGGGGCGCUCUUCCCUCGGGCUUCCUCCCUUGGUCCUUGGCCUCUCCAGGGUUCUAGGGUGUCUGGAGCAAGGCUUGGCCUGCCCUUCCCGGGCAACUCCUGCCACAGCCGGGGCUCUGCUGCCUUCAUGUGUGGGCCUCUGCUACCUUCCCAUCUUUAAAAUGCUGCCAGAGCGAUUGUGGCCCCUUACCUUCUCCAUCGUGUAAGGAAUGUGAUUGUCAGAUAUUCCUUCCAUCCCUGUGGCCUAGAGCCAGCUCACUGUCUGAUUCUGUACUGGUGCUAACUGGCCAGGCACUGGUAUGAAGUGGAUUAGGCUGGAUGUUUUGUGGCUUGUGCAACACACGCAGUGGGAGAGGACUUCCCUCUGUGUCUUAAGUGGGGCUGGGCAGGGUGCUCUGUCCUCCCUCUGUCGUCCAAAUGCUCCCGGUGCCUGCCUGUGGACGGCAGAGUAACAUGGUACCACCCUUCCCUGUUGGAAGUGCCAUGCAUUAAAGGGGCCCUCGUGCCCUGUCUCGGCGGCUCCUCGGUCUGACUGGGUGCAGGACGGUGUAGGGCGAUGGGCGCUCUUGCUUGUCUCCCGUCACUGCUGAGUGCGAGAAAGGCAAAGCUGCUUGUGCGUGCACAUGGGUGAGUGCAUGCACGUGUGCUCAGGGUCUCAGUAUCUUGUUAUCAGCCGACGCUGUGCCUCCUCCAUGUUAGUCACACCCUGAGACCACCAGGCUGAGAAAGAUGUCCCGGACUUGGAAAAGCUUGGAGAAACUGGAGAUGUGACUGAGGCUACCUCAGCAUAACUGCCGAGGAGGCUAUGCCGAGCUGAUGUUCGACUGCAAUCGUUAAUAAUAAUGACAUUGCGAGUAUUUAUUGAA